GCCUAAGAGAUAAAUAUAUUAAUAUUAUUAAAAAACAAGAAAUUUUAGAUUACAAACUCUUCAAAUUAACUAAAGAAAAACUUAAAAAUUUGGGAAUAUUGUUUGGAUCUGCAAUAAGAAUUAUAAACUUUAUACAAAAGUUUAGUAAAAAAUUAAAAGCAUUUUUAGACUUUACAAUUAAAACUGAUAUAAGAUAUAUUUUAAACAAGUAUAGAAUUACUGAAUUUAUAGCUUGCUAUUUUUCAAACCAGUGUUUAGAUAAUAUUAAAAGUAUGAUGAAUAAUAUGGAUUCUUUAAGAGAUUACAAAAAGGUUGUAUACUCUAAAUAUGUUAAUUUAAUAUUACAAGAGUCUCUGCAAAUUGCCAAACAAAUUAUCAAGAAACAAAUUAGAUUAUAUUCAGAGUUAGAAAUUAUUAGUAUAGAAGCAUCAGACAAAGUUGACUAUGCAUUUAGAAUAAGUAAAAUAAUGAGUAAUUUAAAAGAGUUAGUUUGUAUAACUGAAACUAAAAAAGACAAAGAAGACAUAAAAAUUAUUCAAACUAUUGUGCAACUUGAAAGCACUUUCUAUUUAAAUAAAAUACAAAAAGUAAAUAAUUAUUUUGAUAAUUAUUAUAAUUAUAUUUAUGAUAUUAUAACUG